UCAAGGCGACAGCAGAGAUUUGAUUUCAUGGGGCGAAAAAGGAGCUGCCAAAGUUUACAAUGCAGUGAUAUUUGUGUGGAAAUGACAAGAAAGGGACCCAGCCAGCAGUUGUGGCAUGAAUAAACAGUUUCAAACGGGAUUAUUUCAGGACCGGUCUUCAAUUUCGCUAUCUUUAAAAUGGCAGAGAGUGAGAAUAAGAAUGAAGAUCAGUGCAUGUAUCCUGCUAUUGGGAGUGAAAUUCGUUCCCGCCUGCAGCAGUUUGUGGAGGAGAGGAUGCAGACCACCAUGCUCACGGGUGUAUUGAUCGGUGCCGUGGUGGCUAUGUGUCUAAUAGGAAUCUCAGUGCUUUUCCUCUACCACAGAUAUAAACUGGCAAAUCAACAGGCUGGUGUUCCUCGCUAUCGCUUCAGAAAAAGAGAUAAAGUGCUCUUUUACGGCAGGAAAAUCAUGAGAAAGGUCCAGACCUUGUCCUCGACACCAUCCUCCUCUUUGGUGUCUAAGCAGCGCUCUCGGAAGAGGCCUAAAGUUCUUAGUAUAGCACGCAGGAUCUUGCGGAUCAGGAAGGAGCCGCCCACUUUGCAGCCCAAAGAACCCCCUCCCUCUCUCCUGGAGGCGGAUCUCACUGAAUUUGACGUGCAGAACUCAAACCUGCCCUCAGAGGUGCUCUACAUGCUCAAGAACGUCAGGGUACUUGGACAUUUUGAGAAGCCUUUGUUUUUGGAGCUGUGUCGGCACAUGGUGUUUGUGGAGCUGCAGGAGGGAGAAGGGCUGUUCAAGCCCGGGGAUGAUGACAACAGCAUUUAUGUGGUUCAGGAUGGAAGGCUGGAGCUUUGCAUUCAUGAGAUUGAUGGCACAGAGCCUGUGGUGAAGGACGUGUUGCCCGGGGACAGCGUUCACAGUCUGCUCAGCAUUCUAGACAUCAUUACAGGUUAUCCUGCUCCCUAUAAAACUGUAUCUGCUCGUGCGGCGGUCAGGUCUACCAUAUUGCGUCUGCCUGCCUCAGCUUUCCAGUCAGUGUUUGAGAAAUACCCAGAGACGCUAGUGAGAGUCAUACAGAUAAUCAUGGUGCGUCUGCAGAGAGUCACUUUCCUGGCACUUCACAACUACCUGGGACUGACGACCGAGCUUUUCAAUCAGGAGAGACAAGCAGUGCCGCUGUUUGCGGUCAACAGUGUGCUCACUGAGGGGAGUCCCAGUAGAGUCCCACGCAGACCCCACUUGCAGACACAAACAGAAGACGAGCACCUGCAGGGCUCCGGAGAGAACUUGACAGACUCAGAUGGAGGACAAGCUGGUUCAUAUGAAAACACGUCCACAGUUGCGCGGAGGUCUCGCUCGGUCUCGAUGCCUGUAGAGAGCUCAGGAGUGGCAGGAAAUGACCUGGACAUGGCUUAUGAACGGGCCCGAGUCACCAUAGAUGACCCUCCAUCCAGUUCUGUCAUUCACAAGUCGAUUUUGAAGAAGAGUGUGACCAUGCAGCACACUCCGUCCGCUGUGAUUCACUACACAGACAAUGCACCACACUCUGACGUUCCUCCUAGUAAAGUGGGCGCCAUUUUCCAGGCCGCCAAGAAGGAUCUGCUGGGGAUUAUUCAGCUGCAGGACCCCACUUUGCUGGAGGGCAGAGUAACGCUCCAUCAAGUUAAAGCUGGAUCUAUUGUAGCUCGCCAAGGAGAUCAGGAUGUAAGUGUGCAGUUUGUGAUCUCGGGCACGUUGCAUGUUCACCAGAGGAUGAUUGACCGAGAGGUGGACACGUGUCUGUUCGUGGCUCACCCAGGAGAGCUGGUGGGUCAGCUGGCCGUAUUGACGGGUGAGCCACUUAUCUUCUCCGUACGGGCACAUCGGGACUGCAGCUUCCUGUCCAUCUCGAAAACACACUUCUAUGAGAUCAUGCGAGCUGAGCCCUCGGUGGUGCUGAAUGUGGCUCAUACAGUUGUAAGAAGGAUGUCACCUUUCGUCAGACAGAUUGAUUUUGCCCUUGACUGGAUGGCUGUGGAGGCGGGCAGAGCUGUCUACAGGCAGGGUGAUAAGUCUGACAGUACUUUUAUAGUGCUCAGCGGCCGCCUGCGUUCAGUCAUCAUGAAGGAGGAUGGGAAAAAGGAGCUGACUGGAGAGUAUGGUAGAGGAGAUCUCAUUGGAGUGGUGGAGGCUCUGACACAUCAGAACAGAGCAACUACUGUUCAUGCUGUUCGGGACUCAGAACUGGCUAAACUACCUGAGGGCGCUCUCAGUUCCAUCAAGAGGAAAUUCCCACAGGUAGUCACAAGGCUCAUUCACCUGCUUGGACAGAAGAUCCUCCAGCAAGUUAAUGGACCUUUGACAGCUCGCAGUCUAGCUCUACACACACCCGGCAGUAAAUGGGACACGGGGAACCCUGCCUCAAAUCUGGCCACCGUCACUGUGCUCCCGGUAUCAGAGGAGGUUCCUCUGACUGCGUUCACCCUGGAACUUCAGCAUGCGCUGUUAGCUAUCGGCCCAACUCUUCUCUUGACUAGUGACAUCAUCAAACAGCGCCUCGGCUCUGCUGCUUUAGACAGUGUGCAUGAAUACAGGUUGUCGAGUUGGCUGGGUCAGCAGGAAGACAUCCACCGCAUAGUCUUAUAUCAGACAGAUGUGUCACUCACCCCAUGGACUCAGCGCUGCAUCAGACAGGCUGAUUGCAUCAUCAUCGUGGGACUGGGAGAGCAGGAUCCAGCAGUGGGAGAGUUGGAACGUAUGUUAGAGGGGAGUGCGGUGAGAGCGCAGAAACAGCUGGUGUUGUUGCAUCGCGAGGACGGCCCUCCUCCAAAAGGAACAGCCGAAUGGCUCAACAUGCGGAGCUGGAUCUCCAGGCACCUUCACCUGUCCUGCCCCCGCAGGGUCUUCUCAAGGAGGAGCCUGCCAAAAUUGAGAGAAAUGUAUCAGCGUGUGUUCCAGAAAUCCGCCGAUCGCCACUCUGAUUUCUCACGUCUGGCCCGUGUUCUUACGGGCAAUGCCAUUGCGCUGGUGCUGGGUGGCGGAGGAGCCAGGGGCUGUUCUCAGGUAGGCAUCAUUCGAGCAUUGAGGGAGGCGGGAAUCCCCAUUGAUCUGGUGGGCGGCAACUCUAUCGGAUCCAUGAUGGGCGCACUGUAUGCAGAGGACCGCAGUUACAGCAGGAUGAAGAUCAGAGCCAGAGAGUGGGCAAUGGAAAUGACAUCAGUGUUUAAGAAAGUGCUGGACUUGACCUACCCUGUCACUUCAAUGUUUUCCGGUGCUUCAUUUAACUCUAGCAUUAAUGCAGUCUUCAAGGACAAACAGAUAGAGGAUCUCUGGAUCCCAUAUUUCAACAUCACCACGGACAUCACUGCCUCCACAAUGAGAGUGCACACUGAUGGGUCCCUGUGGAGGUAUGUGCGUUCCAGCAUGUCUCUUUCUGGUUACCUGCCACCACUGUGUGAUCCAAAAGAUGGACACCUGCUCAUGGACGGAGGCUACAUCAACAACCUGCCAGCGGAUGUGGCACGCUCCAUGGGUGCUAAAGUGGUUAUUGCUAUCGAUGUAGGCAGCCAAGAUGAAACCAACCUCACCAACUACGGGGACGCCCUUUCUGGCUGGUGGCUGCUAUGGAAACGGCUCAACCCACUGGCUGAGAAAGUCAAGGUGUUGAAUAUGGCUGAGAUCCAGGCCCGGCUGGCUUAUGUGUGUUCAGUGAGACAGCUUGAAUCUGUUAAGAAUAGCGACUACUGUGAAUACAUCCGACCUCCCAUCGACAGAUACCGCACACUUGAGUUUGGCAAGUUCGAUGAGAUCAGCGAAGUGGGCUACCAGCAUGGGAAGACAGUGUUUGAUGUGUGGUGCAGGAGUGGUGUGGUGGAGAAGAUGAUGAAGGACAGACAUCAAGAGGAAUUCCACAAAACGCAGAGCAACAAUUUGGUGACCUGUCCAAAUGCUUCCUUCACUGAUCUGGCUGAGAUCGUCUCACGGAUUGAGCCAGUCAAACCAGCUCUUGUGGAUGAUGAAUCGGACUAUCACACCGACUAUGAAGAGGAGAUGGCAGAGAGCGCUCUGUCAGACAUUGAGCUUUACAACCAUUACAGUGAGCACACAGAGGAGGAACUGACCGCAGACACUGAUGAAGAACUCGAGAGGUCUCGCAGGCAGCGUGUGCGUUCUGACGUGGAAAACCUAGGGCAUGUGUCCUCCAAAACAUCACAAACCUCCAGUCCCAACAGUCCUCCAACCCUCCACAACCGAAAAGCACAAGGAUUGAAACCCCUCCAUCCCGACCACUGACCCCAGAUAUCAGCAUGGCAGUGAACAAACACUGGGGUUUGGCUUUCGGUACACAUUCCAGUCAUACCAAGUACAUCCAGGCCUUGAGGAGCAGGAACCAAGUAUUUUUCCCAUCUCAUACAAAAAUCCAAAGAAAACCUCUAUUGCACUGGAAGUUUAAGAUGGACAUGCUGGGCCACAUGGCAUGGGGUUGAAGUAACACCUGGCCUUGCAUCUGAGCAGUAACUCAAGACGAUCCCAGAGUGUCUGUGAAGUUUCAUGCUGACUUUGAACUCUUUUGAUUGCCAAGCGUUAUCUUUACUCCGUCUUGAAUUACCGGUUAGUAAU